GUUUUCAUUUCUAGAUGUCUAGCUUUACUGGGCUUACUGACUUCAGGGACUACUGGGAAGCCAAAAGGAGUUGCCAUAAGCCAUUCAGCGUUGUUCAUACAAUCUAUGGCAAAAAUAGCCAUAUGUGGUUACAGUGAGAAUGAUGUUUAUUUGCGUACUGCUCAUUUGUGCCACAUUGGGGGUCUCUCAUUGGCCAUGGCCAUGUUAAUGGCUGGAGCUUGCCAUGUCUUAAUGCCCAAGUUUGAAGCUAAAACAGCCACUGAGGUUAUAGAGAAACAUGACGUCACUGCUUUGAUCACUGUUAUGGCCAUGGUCGCUGAUCUAAUAUCCUUUCUCAGGUUAUCUACAAAGAACUGUGUCAAAAAGAUAUUGAAUGGCAGAGGAAGUUUGUCAAUUGAUCUUAUUAAAGAAGCUGGCAACUUCUUCCCAAGAGCUAAGAUUCUCUCAGCCUAUGGAAUGACAGAGACUUGUUCUUCACUAAUGUUCAUGACUCUCUAUGACCCACAUUUCUCUUCAGUUCAAACACCACGAGGCAUUUGUGUCGGCAAACCUGCCCCACAUGUUGAAUUGAGGACAGAUGGUGAUGAUUCAAUUGGCAUUGGGAAAAUUCUAACUAGAUGUCCACACAUGAUGAUUGGAUACUGGCAUCAAGUUCGGUCAUCAGUCUCUAACAGUCAUUCAUGGUUUGACACUGGUGAUGUUGGUUUCAUUGAUGAGCAUGGUCAGGCGUGGCUCAUUGGUCGAGAAAGUGGUCGGAUCAAGACUGGGGAGAAAAUGUUUACCUGAAGAGCAUAGGUAGAGGCAAUACUGUUCCAACAUCCAGUAGUAGCUGGAAUCGUCAUCGUAGGAAUUCCUGAAG